ACUCAGCCCCGGCUUUAUAACGGCGGGGCGGCUCCGAGCCCGGCUCGCUGCGCCGCACCAUGCGGAGCCUGCGCGGAGCCCCGCCGGCGCUGCCGCCGAUGCUGCCGCUGCUGCUGGUGCUGCUGGUGCUGCUGCUGGCCGCGGGACACGGAGCCGUCAUCACCGGGGCCUGCGACCGAGACCAGCAGUGCGGGGCCGGGAUGUGCUGCGCCGUCAGCCUCUGGAUCCGCAGCCUCAGGAUGUGCACCCCCAUGGGCAACCUGGGAGACGACUGCCACCCCCUGAGCCACAGAGUGCCCUUCUCGGGGCGGAGGAUGCACCACACCUGCCCCUGCCUGCCCGGCCUGGCCUGCCUCAGGACUGCUCCCAGCAGGUUCAGGUGUCUGCCAGACUUCAGGAAAGAAGAUGUCUUCUUUUAGCAGGAGCUGUUCUGCACUCCAAAGAGCCGCUCAGUAUUUUUGUUCUCUCGUUGUCGCGACCAAAAAAAGGGGUAUUUGCCAGGGGAAACCCUGCACCCCUUCCCUGCCUCACCAACAUCAGCUGGAGAUGAGACACUGCUGCUGUGGCCAAGGUUUUCAGGAGGGACUUGCAGUGGAGGAUGAUUUCAUUUUGGGGUACCCAAACAACAUCUACUAGAGCAAAGCUCUUUCUGAGGGCAGGGGCUUGACCAUUCCUGAAUCAUGGUUCUAGUUUAACCCCAGAAUGAAAAAAUCCAAGUUUAUUGCCAGUUUUGGAAAAAUUUGGCCACAUCUUUACACUUUGGAAGACCCAAAGUGAACUGAGAGUUGGACAACAGCAGAGUGUGAAGCAUAUGACAAUUGCCAAAAGAACUGUAUUAACAUUGCAUUUCAUAUCUUUAUUAAUGUAAUUUUAUUUUUAAGUUAGGCGCACCUCUAGGGUAAAGGUUUAACCAAUAGAUGUAGUUUUUACACUUUUAAAAAGUGGCACGUGGAAACAAAACAUUUCAGUAUUCAGAGCAUUAAAAGAUUUACUUAUUUUAGUGUUCUAAGAUGAGAAGCUGUUGUUACUUGAAUUGGUGUAAAACUACCUGAUCAUCUCAAACUAUGUAUUAAGAUGUAGUUUAUAUUAAAGAAAAAAGGAACCCUGAAGUUUAUUUUAAUAGGCUGCCUGACUUCUUGUACAUGUAUCAAAUUUGCUGUGCAAAAAUUCUGUAUCAGAAUAAUGGCAGUGUAUGAUUUGAUUUAUUUUAAUAUUAUAACAUUAUUUUGUCAUUGUGGUUUUUGAUUUUUAUUCCGUGUAAUCUGUUAUCCCACACUUGAUUCACCACCUAAGCUAGCAGAGCUCCUUAUGGAUAGCUUAGCAAAAGAUUAUGUGCCUCUGGCUGUUUUUUGGGAAACUUGUAGUUUACAAGGCAUGAAUUCCUCAAUCAAGCUGCAGUUUCAGAAUUUGGAAGAAUCUUGGUGUAAAUAAUAUGAGAGGUUUUUCUUGGCUGGUGCCUCAAAGGAUCAACUUUAGCCCAGCAAACAUAAGAUUUGUGGGUUUUCUAUGAAAUGCUGUGUGACUUCAUAUUUACUUGUCAGUCCCCAGAGCUGGAAUUCCAACAGUUUGUGUGAGAUUCACAUGUUUCUUGCUCUCAGACAUGCAAACAUAUGCUGGAACUGGAAAAGUGAAGUCAUUCAUCUUUCAACAAUCCGUGCUUUGCUGCUGGUGGAGAUGGGGGAGUUGGAGAAGUGAGCACACUGUGUCCAGGCCAGACCUGUAAAACUGAGAGGAGAAACAUCCCUGGGAGUUGCCAGGUACCUUCUCCUGGGCUCCACAACCUUCCCUGGGGGACAGAAAAGAAUAACUGGAUUAGGUAUUGCCAGAUCCUCGUGGAUUCUGCAUAUGGUAGAGAAAUAAAAGUCUUGGGAGAGAUUG